CCCUAUCAACACCUGUGUUCAUUCCAGUGUCACGUUUCACAUGCAGCGAGGAGACACACGUCCUUCCUCCUUCCUCCUUCCUCCUCCUCAGCGGUCUGUCUCGUCGUUUUCCUCCGGAGCCGAGCGGGGUGUUGCUGAGUGAGCUCGCCCCUCCGGAUAGUGGUCCGACUGUUUUGGACUUCGAGCUGGUUAGCGUUAGCCCAAACUUAGCUCCUCGCUCGCAGUUCUAGCCUGGCACACAGAGGUACUUCCUGUUUAGCCUUGCGUUCACCUGUCCUGAGGGCUAGCUGCUUGUCUACAGGCUGCCUUCCUACGGAGCUGGGAGGACAGGAGAGGGAAGGGGAGAGCUUUAACCCUGGUCUCCCCAGCCGACUCUGAGUAAACCAGCCAUGGACGACAGCUCCUCGCUUGGAAAAGUCAGCAGCUCUACAGAGUCCGUGGCCACCGUCACCAGUGAGGAGUUUGUUCUGGUACAGUCCAGUGCCGCCGGGUCACCGCAAGGCUCUGGGGGCAAACCGAGACUCAAGAUGUCUUGGAAUGGGAGUGAGCAGCUGGAGAAAGCUAUGGAGGAGGUGUUGGAUGAUGAUGAUGAGGUGAAGGUGGAGAAGAGCAGUGUAGAAAAGAUGGAGAAGCACAGCGACCCAGAGAGCCGCGCCCUGGAGUCCGGACCUGCAGAAGCAUGUCCAGCACCUUUCAGCCCCACAGUGCUGGAGGAGGACAGUGUCCAAUUCAACAAGCUGUCCUACCUGGGCUGCACCUGGGUCAAAGCCCCUCGCAACGAGGCAGAGGCACAGAGGGCCAUGGCCACCCUGCGGGCUGAAAGUGCCAUCCCUAUCCCCAUCACCUUACACGUCCCCUGCGGACCAGAGGGCUCUGUCAGGAUUGUGGACCAGGCCUCGGGCACAGAGAUUGCCUCCUUUCCCAUUUACAAGGUGUUGUUUUGUGCUCGUGGGCGGGAGGGUUCGGUGGAAAGUGACUGUUUCUCCUUCACCGAGAGUUACCGGAGCUCUGAGGACUUUCAGAUUCACGUCUUCUCCUGCCACAUCAAGGAGGCUGUCAGUCGUAUCCUGUACAGUUUCUCUACAGCCUUUCGCCGUUCUUCACGGCCGGCAGACAUCAGGGACACGGCACUGUCCAGUCCACCCGACAGCGACCUCUACACCUUCACUGUCACACUUGAGAUCAAAGAAGAUGAUGGCAAGGGCAACUAUAGUCCAGUGCCUAAGGACAGAGAUAAGUUCUACUUCAAGCUGCGACAGGGCAUUCAGAAGAAGGUUGUGGUUUCAGUUCAACAAAUGUGCAACAAGGAACUGGGCAUCGAGAGGUGUUUUGGGAUGCUGCUGAGUGCAGGACAGAAAGUCUGCAACAGCGACAUGCAUCUACUAGACAUGGAGUCGAUGGGGAAGAGCUCUGAUGGGAAGGCCUAUGUGAUCACAGGAACAUGGAACCCCAACAUGCCAGCCUUCCAGCUGCUGAAUGAAGACACACCUAAAGAUAAGCAGGUCUACAUGACAGUGGCAGCGGACUUGGUAGUCACAGAGGUGGUGGAGCCAGUUCGCUUCCUGCUGGAAACUCUGGUCAGGGUGUAUCCAUCAAAUGAACGCUUCUGGUACUUCAGCCGCAAGACCUUCAGUGAGACCUUCUACCUCAAGCUCAGACAGCAGGCACCAGAGAGGGUGGGUCAGAGUGAUGCUGUUUAUGAGGUGGUGAGUCUUCAGAGGGAGGCAGAGAGAAGCAAUGCAGAAAGAGGACGACUGGCCUCGCCCACUGAGGAAGAGGAGGCUGAUGAAGAUAGUGACAGUGAAAUUUCCAGUGGGACAGGAGAUGUUUCCAAAGACUGUCCUGAGAAAAUCCUAGAGUCAUGGGGAGGAAUCCUUAAUAGAUGGCAUGGGAACCUGUCCACUCGUCCGAAGGGUUUGCCCUCGUUGGUUCGCAGUGGCAUUCCUGAGCCACUCAGAGCUGAAGUCUGGCAGCUGCUGGCCGGUUGCCACGACAACCAUGACCUGCUUGAGCACUACCGCAUCCUCAUCACCAAGGACUCUGCUCAGGAAGGUGUCAUCACCCGGGACAUCCACCGCACCUUCCCUGCACACGACUACUUCAAGGAUUCUGACGGAGAUGGACAGGAUUCACUGUACAAGAUCUGUAAGGCCUACUCUGUCUAUGAUGAGGAGAUUGGUUAUUGCCAGGGUCAGUCCUUCCUCGCUGCUGUUCUCCUGCUGCACAUGCCUGAGGAGCAGGCCUUCUGUGUGUUGGUGAAAAUCAUGUAUGAGUAUGGCCUCAGAGCUCUCUACAAAAACAACUUUGAGGAUCUUCACUGCAAGUUCUACCAGCUGGAGAGGCUGAUGCAGGAACAGCUUCCAGACCUGUGGUCCCACUUCCAGGAUCUGAACCUGGAGGCACACAUGUACGCCUCCCAGUGGUUCCUCACCCUCUUCACUGCCAAGUUCCCCCUGUGCAUGGUUUUCCACAUCACUGACCUGCUGCUCUGUGAGGGUCUGAACAUCAUCUUCAAUGUAGCCCUGGCCUUGCUCAAGACAUCUAAAGAGGACCUCUUGCAGGCAGACUUCGAAGGGGCUCUCAAGUUCUUCAGAGUCCAGCUCCCUAAACGCUACAGAGCUGCGGAAAAUGCCCGCAGGCUUAUGGAGCAGGCCUGCAACAUCAAGGUUCCAACCAAAAAGCUGAAGAAGUUUGAGAAGGAAUAUCAAACACUAAGAGAGAGCCAGCUGCAACAAGAGGACCCUAUCGACCGAUACCAGAGGGAGAAUCGUCGUCUUCAGGAGGCCAGUAUGCGUCUGGAACAGGAGAAUGACGACUUGGCCCAUGAACUGGUGACCAGCAAGAUUGCUCUUCGGAACGACCUUGACCAGGCAGAAGACAAGGCCGACGUUUUAAACAAAGAGCUGCUGAGCACCAAGCAACGUCUGGUGGAGACUGAGGAGGAAAAGAGACAACAGGAGGAAGAGACGGCUCAGCUAAAGGAAGUGUUCAGGAGGGAGCUAGAAAAAGCCGAGCUGGAGAUCAAGAAAACCACAGCGAUCAUAGCUGAAUACAAACAGAUCUGCUCCCAGCUGAGCACCAGGCUGGAAAAACAGCAGGCGGCAACAAAAGAAGAGCUGGACAUUGUCAGGAGUAAAGUAAUGGGCUGUGAGCACUGCAGGGAUCUGUUUAGCACCCUGGGAUCCCUCCAGGCGUCAUCCCCCGGCAGGGACAAGACAUCCACUGAGCCGCUGGACGAAGAGAAAGACGGACUGAAGGAGCAGCUGAGGCAGCUGGAGCUGGAGCUGGCACAGACCAAACUGCAACUGGUGGAGGCAAAGUGCCGCAUCCAGGAGCUUGAGCACCAGCGGGGAGUCCUGAUGAACGAGAUCCAGGCGGCCAAGAACUCUUGGCUCAGCAAGACUCUGGGCUCCCUGAAGAGCUCUGCCUCCUCUUCCUCCAGCUCCACGUCCCAGACCCCGUCCUCUCCAAAGGAGGGCCCUGCCUAGACGACCCUCUCUUCAUCUUUCUGUCUCCCUUCAGGAUGCACACUAGAGCUAAGGAACACGAGUUGAAGAAACAAGCAGCGGAGAAAUGCAGUAUUCCUUUUUUCAGCUGGUGGCAAUGCAGAGCUCACCAGCUUCUUGGACUGCAAAUAGCUGAAAAGAUGAGAGAGUGGCAGAGGACUGGAUGAGCCACCUGUCUUUCACUUAAUGUUUACGUUUGAGUGAACUAAAAAGUGUCUGUUGACCUUCUCUGUUUCACAGGUGAUGAGACAGGUGACAGUGAAUCAUCAGUGAAACUUGAAGUUGAUUCAAAGUUCAGUGAUUGAUGCUGAAACCGUUUUGUUGAGUUAGAUUUCUAAACUCUCAUUAUAAGGUAGCUGAAUUAACAUGAGACAAGGGCAUCCUUUAUGUAGGUUAAUAAUGUAGCUCCACCCUGUGGGCAGACAUUGCUACUGCAGUUAUAGUCAUUUUGCGUGAGAUUAUGUUUUUAGGUAGCCGAGAAUUAAACUUGCAGUCAGUCUCACAAUUUGAACAAUAUUUUCAGCUAUACUGAUACAGCAACAGCUGCAGAGAUCUUAUAAGUUUACUGCAUAGAAAUAUAGCUAUCUACAUUAAUCAUCUUCAGCACAGCAAAGCCACUUUGAAAAAGGAAUACUGCAUUCAGAGUCUCAAACAAGAACAACAUAAAAAGUUGUAUUUCUUUAUAGUAAUAUAACGUAAACAAUGUUGUCAUAUAAAUAUGUAUAACUAAUUAUUGAUUUUUGUAAUAAUCUUGUACAGUUCUUUAAGAGAAGAAAAAAAAAACACAAGGAAAGGUUAUUUGUUAAUUUUUUUUUUACUGUUUGGAAUUUGAAUGUCAUCUCUCUAGAUGUUGAUGUAAGCACAGUGUGUGAUUGAUCCGGUCGAGUCCAAAUUCCGAAGAGCCAAAGUGACAACCUGCAGAUUAAUGUGCUUCAUGUUGGCACUGUUUCCUCAGUCAUGGGUUGAACUGACUCAAGGUGUGUAACACCACUCUAAAUUUUGUUAAAUUUCUUUUUAAGAACCCACUUACAGAUCAUACCUGUGAGUAUUUAAUUGGCUUUUUUGUGUGUCACUGCAUUCGGAUUUCUAACAUACCAUCAUUUUGUGCAGUUUGAUUAGCUGUGAUCACAGGAGAAAUCAGCUCUCUUUUCCAUUUCUGUGUCACAUCUUUUUUUUAAUACUUUUACCUUAUGUUUGAAACUUUUAAUGACUCAAGUGGAAUACGUAUUUGCCACACCUCUUCAGUUUAGUGCUGAUAAUGUGAAGUCUCCAAAGUGGUUUUAAAAAAAUGUUCAAGCUACUUAAAACAUUUUGUUCUAAGUUGAACAAAUGUCUCUGGUGUCUGCAGUUAUUACAGUUGAAGAUGUCAGGGCUUGUGUUUCUCGUUCAGAAUAAGCCAUUUUUGGCAUCGUGUUCUUUUACAGGCCCAGAUAAUCCAUCACAGUAAUCAUGGAUAAACUGAGUGUAUCUGUCUGUGUCAUGUAACACCAUGUAGACAACACCCACAGAAAGAGCUGGAAGACUUUACCCGUUCAUGCCUGUUACUGUCAUCAACAUUCACUGUAGAUACCAUAGUCAGCACAUUUAAUUAGGUAAUUUUAUAAUAUAGUAAAGGCUUGAAGGUAUCUGUUACAUAGCACAAUUCAUCCUUAAACAUCUAGCAUUACAUUAAGAAGCAAGAUUAAGUUGCAAUAUUCCCCCAUCAUUGCCAAAUAAUCCUAAAGUCAUUUGCACAGCUGUGCCAACACUUUCUUUGCCCUCUGUCGUGAUAAAAUACAAUUUUUAACUAAUUGUUUACACAAUGAGCACAGUAUUUGGAUAUCUAAAUCUUCCCUGUGUCAGUCGUGGACUGUUGUAUCUGUUGCUCAGUGCUGUAUUGAAUGAUACCUUACCUCUUUAAUGAUGUGCAGGUAAAUUGGAUUGUUGUGAAAAUUACAUAUGCUUGACAAAUUAAGAUCUCACUUAUAGUAACAUGGGAUUACUUUAUCUUUAGCCAAGGAAAGUGUAAGUAAGAUGAACAGCAGGUGGAAAUAGCUUUAUUGAUUUUAAAAGAAAAGAAAAAACUAAUACUUAUUACAUAACUGGUUGCUGAAAUCUACAGUAGGUGUGAGGACCUUGCAGAUAUUAGGUUGGUAAGUUGAUAAAUACAACAAUUAGCCAAAAGGUCUGUGCAGUUAGCAGGCAGAGCGCUGCAGUCUAGGUGCCAAAUGUCCUGCUCUAUUCUCCACUCACGUUGUCACUGGAAUCGGCCUUUGGACUCUGACCAUGCCCACGUGUAAUUGUUUAUGUGUGAGUGUGUGUUUUUGGAAGUGUGUAUGUAUGUAGGUGUGUGUUCUGCACUGUAACUCCAGUGGUUGAAGUUGAAAUGGUUUCUUCUUCACGUGGCUGCCUUUUCUGUUGAUGACUGAAGCCUGUUGGCUGAUGAGAGGAACGCCAUCUGACAGUUUGAAAUGUCAGAGAGCGUCAGCUGUGCCAUAAGAGCCUCCCCCUCUGCUCCGUCCCCAAUGGUCUUCCUCCGUACUCCCAACCACCUGAACCAACCUCGCCAACAACAACCAUGUCAUCUGAUCUUACAGACAGAUCUGCUGAAUAUCCUUUUCAGCAGCCUGUUUCACACAUUUCCACCAGGAGCCUCCCAGUAACACCACUGUUCUCUCGCUGGUGGCCACUGAGCCGCUUCACUGGAGGAAAUGCAUCAAUAUCAUGGUAAAGGGAGAAAAAGGAAGCCGACGGGCUGAAUAUCAUUGAAUUCCAGGUGUGUUUUGCAUUUCCAGGACAUUCCUUCUUCACUACUGUGCAUCAUUGUCGUUGGUCACGUGUGACAUUUACAAAGUCAAACAACCAGUUUUAUGUAAACUGUGGCCAAGAGUGGAGAAAGCUCCUCGUCUUUUAUGUGCACUAAAGCAACAUUGAUAUUUUAAACACUAUUUCAAGAUGUGUUUUUGUUUGUUUAAAAGUUAUCCUGAUCACAGAGCAUAAUUAUUUUUUAACUGAUGAUUAUCGUCGCUGAGAGGACAGCUGCCAAUUUAUAAUCCGCUAUACUUAACAGCUAAUUUCAAUGAUGCAAAAGAGGGCAGUGAGUCGGAUUAGAGGUGUGAUGUGCGUUGUGUAGUUUACAGUCUGCUGUAAUACCACAGUCCUGUUACACGGGGAGGGACUGCUCCUCCGUUGGUCCGACUCCAACACUGUUUGUUGUACAGUAACUGUCUGACCUGCAUUAAUAAAUUUCAGUUUCUCUGUUCAUUCA